AUGGUCAUCGCCAACCAGUUCACCGUGUGCCUGCGUUGCAAGGGGCAGACCGUUUACCAGCAGGUCUUGUCCGUGGAGAGACCCAGCACUCUGCAGGGCUGGAACUGGGGCUAUUGUGGCCACUAUGCCUUUUACCACGCCCUGUACCCCCAGGCCUGGAUGGUCUACGAGCUCCCGGGGCAGAACGUGGUGCUCACUUGCCGACAGGUCUCUCCCGUCAUCCCCCAUGACUAUAAGGAGAAGUCCAGCCCCUCUCGUGUCCAGGUGGGUUUCCCAGCUGGAGCCCAUGGUGUGCUCACCAAAAAUUUGCUUGGCAGGCGGUACACCCGUUUUUUUGGCAGUGGAGGUGAUGCUGCUCCCGCCCUGUCACAUCACGCCCUGACGCACUAUGAGGAGUGGGAGAGGAAGAUUGAAGCGUGGCAGAAUCCCAUCCUGGAGAACAGGCAGCUGCCUUCCUGGUACAAGUCAGCCCUCUUCAAUGAGCUGUACUUCAUGACGGAUGGGGGGACCAUCUGGAUGGAGGUGCCCCCAGAUUGCUGUGCUGAGGACCUGCAGGGGCCUGCAGGGGCUGGCCUGUCCCACCUCUUCCCUUUCCUGCGGGAAUACGGAAGGUUUGCUUAUUUGGAAGGCCAGGAGUACCGGAUGUACAACACCUACGACGUUCACUUCUACGCCUCCUUCGCUCUCAUCAUGCUGUGGCCCAAGCUGCAGAUCAGCCUGCAGUAUGACAUUGGUGAGUGA